CUUUUGGCGCCCUCGGAAAACACAAGUGCAUUUUUUUCCAGCUGGGUUGAUCGAAGCGGAACAUAGCGACAUCGCCUGUAUCCUACACGGACUGCGCACAACACAGAGUGGUGGGUGAGCGGGGGCUCCUGUGUGUCGGUGGCUGCGGACCUGUUGCGCGUGGGGUUCGAACGCGAAACAUUUUCUGUUGCCCUGUGAGAGCCCGGGGUGAAAACAAUCCCCCGGGUUAUUUGAAUCUCGAUUUUCGCGCGUUGUAGAGGAAGAGUCCCUUGGCCGGAUUACGGAGUACUUCGCGCGCGGAGAGCGCGUGGCUCUGCGGCGCACGCGUCUCGUGCUUGCCGGGCGCCGCCUGCUGCGGAUUUGGACGCCGCGCCUGCGUGUUGCGCCCUGGAGGGUGUUGGGGUCCGCAUGAGCAACAGCAGCGAAUCCGAAGCGGAAGGAGGCAGCAGCAGCAGCAGUAGUGUUGUUGACCUCACCAACUUGUCCACGGACAAGUCAACGCUCUUGUCCGGGUUGGACGGCGCCGACGACGAAGGAGGGAGGGAAGAGUCGGGGUCGGACAUAAUGAGUAGCACUUCUGACUUCUCCCUAGCCCCUGGGAUUAUCCCUCGGACGCCGCCGGCGAGGCGCCGUCAAUCGCGCCGUUCUUCGCCGAGGUUCGCUGACCGCCGUGGAACAGGCGCUGAGGAGUCGAGCUCAGGAGGAAGAGCGUCGUCUGCCGGAUCCACCCCUUCGCCGACGGGAGGAGGGUCUUCGUCCGAACGCCCCAGGUCGUCGUCGCGCACCCCGAAGCGCCCCAGGUACCCUGAGGCGGAGGGGUACUCCAAAAAAUACGUGGAGUCGGUAGCAGGCCGACGGGAUGGCUUGGCGUCCGGCGCAUCACACGGGGGCGGAUCGAAGGGUUCUCCUCUCGAGCUGAGCUCCCAAGACAGCGGCGCAUCUGGUGAGGUGGAUACGGAGCCCUCAGACAGCGGCGGUGGUGGAAGGGGCGGUGAAAAAGGUGGGAAGAAAGGGCGGCCGGGAGAGCAGCGGGAGGCGACUGGCUCUGGCAGAGAGAAAAGCCCCCGUUGGUGGACACAGCCCGGCGAGAAGGAAUACUUCUACCGCCUCAUCCCCAAACAUUGCGCGAGCAAGCACACGUCCACCGACGACAAGAACCGGGAGUGGUGGUCCGUUGCAGAGGGUCUCAUGGAAGCGACAUCCAUCACCAUCGUGGUGAGAUUGAAGACUCGGGAGGACAAGAGCAGCAAGUUGGUCAGGAAGGCGGUGAAGCUGAACAUGAGGCCUAAGAUGGAGGACGACGUCCAGGGCAAGCUGAAGACGAUCUGGCUUGCUGACCGGAGCAGGUGGGACAAGAAGCACCAGGACAAGAAGAAGCUCACCGGCGAGGGCAGCGACGGCGAGGAUGAGAGCAGCGAGGCCCAAGCGCUAGAGGAAGCGGUCCACGCCUGGGAAGCUGGGCUGGAAGAGAAGAAGUCCAAGGAGGGCAAGAAGACUGCGCACGCGGCCAAGGCCGGAGAUAUUCGCGACACUGCGAGCGAGGACCACCACGCCCGUUCCAAGCAGAGCACGACCGGUGCGAGGUCUUCGAGGGGGCGCGGCAGGGGGCAGGACAGGGGGGGUGGAGUUAGCGGCGUCGAGAAGAAGCAAAGAAGGCGGCGGAAGUCGUCUGAGUCGGGCGAUGACGACGACUUGUUCGACGACGGACACGGCCCAACGGGAAGUUCUACGAGCAGGACGAGGAUGGAGAGGGAGGUCGAGCGUGCAUCGUCCGAAGACGGAGACGACGAUGACGACGAACAAGAUGCAGAGGAUCUCGCGAGGGGCGCGAUGGGAAGGUCCACUCGGAGCGGCAUCGGAGGUGGGAGGCGCAGGCGCGGGGUCCAGACCCUGUCGGCGUGGAUGGGCAAUGAUCCCAUGACCGCCAAGAUUUACACUUAUCUGGACAAAAUCACCGAGAACAGGGGUGAGAGUGCCGUGACCCGCGGGGAGACCGAUUCCCGAGCCAUGUCGCAUUUGGGGCCCCGUUACUAAGGAGGUGGGUUUCUCUGUGCGGUCGUUUCGAAUUGUUGUCAACGCCUUGUUCCCGGGUUCCAUAGAUGUAUUGUCAUAUGUCCGUGUGAUGACUCGUUCAACACAGUAACCCCUCCCUACUGUCUGCCCCGAUUCACGUGCUCCUCCCCUGCGUGCCCGACGCCUCAGGGCCCGAACAAGGGGAAGACCUGGUGGGGAUGCCCCAAAUAUAACAGAACGACUCAGUGCGCUAAGAUGCAGUGGGUCGGUGAACAGGGAGCGGGCAGCCUUCCCAACGCCGGCGCCGGCGGCAGCGGCAGCGGCGGCACGCGCGUGCGGGGUCCAUCUGGACGGGGGGGGCAGGCGCGGUUUGCCGCCCCAACGGAGUCGUCUCGUAGGCGUCAAAACGAAAACGCGCACGGUGUGAAAGCACGGGCGGACGGGAGUGGGGGUGGGGGCAGAAAGGGGGGCAGGUCGUCCUGAUCACUGACCGCGGGUCGGCUUCCAAGUUCCGUCAACGGUGAGGGUCUCGAUCUGUCCCUGUUCGAUCGUGACGGGUUGCGUUUUGCGUGUUGCCUGUGUAGUACGUACUCUUUAUUUUUUCCCUGUACCAUUGAUGCGUUUUGUAUGAGCUCUCGCGGCGUCGUCCUGCAAACGGCGUUCCGCGAUGGGUGGUUGUUGGGGUAGGGUUAUUUGCAUGGACCGGGCUUUGGCGUUUUGCAGGAUGGAGGCUGAUCCCUGCAUGCAUGCCGCCGGUCUUUGGCUGUUGUUCGGCCUUCAUGUGUUGACAUGUUUGUUUCAUUUUUGGCCUUGACGUAGGGAAGGCUUGCCCGUAUUUGAUGGGAGUGUCGUACGUCUCCAGUUAACCUCGUCCAAGUUUGGCGGCGUGUGGGUUUGCUGUUUUCUUUUUUCCUUUCGGGUUUUAAUGUUUCUCUUUUUUUGCGCAGGACGCUCUUGCAGCGCGUUGGUCUAGGCAUUUUUUGAUAGUCCUUGUCAUGUUUCCCCCUAGACAAAGCCAUUCGUUUUGUAUGUGGCGAUGAUUUUUUGUUGACGCUCGCAAUCUCCGAGGCUCACCCAGACUUUGGCGUUCGGCACGAAGGAGGGUCAGCGCCCGGCCGCCUGUCCUUACCUCUCCCGCCGUCUCUCUGUGUUAUGUAUUGUAUAACCUCUGGUCCUCACGUUGGGAAAGUCUGUCCGUAUUUCAUGGGCGCCGGUGUCCGUGUUUCAUGGGCGCGUGCCACGUUUUCGGCGAAUCACCUGCGGUGUUGAUGGCGAAGUCUUUCCUAUUUGUUUGGUUCUGUUCCCGUAAUUUUUAUUUUUAUUUUGGAGCGUGCUUUCGUAGUCCCUCAUCGUGUACUCCCUGCCUUGGCAUGGCAUGCGGUUUCUGGUAGCGAUGACUUGUUGUUGACGCUAGCACUCGCGGAGUCUCGCCCGGACAUCGCAAUGCCAUUAGACCGUAAGGGGCACUAACCCUUUCUGCUGUUCGCCCCCCAUCGAAUGUUGUCGUGUUUUGCAUACAUACUUGUCUCUCGUCAUGUUGUGAAGAUUCUCCCAUUUUUUCGCGGGCACGUUUUACGUUACCGGCGAACCCCUGGAGGGUUGACACGUUGGUUCGUUUUUUUUUCCUCUGAUCCUUGCUUUUUUUUUUUCUCCUGUUUUUCUUCUUUGCGUUUGAAUGAGGGUGCCUGUGUCUCUCGUCAUGCGUGAUCUGUAACCCUUGGCAUGCGGGGUGGAGGCUGUGAGGGCUUGUUUGUGCUGACACCUGCAGCGUGUCGCCCGGAGGUGAGCGUUGUGCAGGAAGGAGCGUCAACUCUGCCUAUCGCCGGUCGUUGGUUGUGCGACCGCCUUGUCCUUUUUCUUGUUAUGUGGGCUACCAUGAACCUGGUGAAGGUUUUACUCGAGGUUUUGAAACUUCGGGCUUUUACUUCGUUGGUGAGGUGGUUGCCGGAGGAUGGAUUUGACAUUUUCAGAUGGAUGUUGUUGAGGCUUAGGUGCUUCCGAUUUUUGUUUGAAGUUUGUCAGCAAUUUGAAAUUCUGAUUUGUCUGAGGAUUUGGUCUUCAUGUUUGAUUCCAUUCUGCAGGAUGGCAUGUAUGACCCGGCCUUAUACCGGUUGGUAGAGUGGCUCCAUUGUCAAGUUGAUUACUCCUACCCCAUGCCUAAGGAAUGUCAAAUUUUCAUGGGAAUAUUAUCUGAGGAUGAUUCUUGGGUUUUAGCGGCUUGAGGAAUAUCGAGUUGUUCACUGAGGAUAUGAUCAAGAGGGUGAUUUGUCUUCAUAUUCUGGAGGAAAUUGGGACUGAAUACCUGAGCUCAAAUUAUGACGAAGGUGAUAGAUGGAGAAGAUGGCUCAGGUGUUCGGAUUGGUUCAGUGGUUGUUACAUUUUUUCCAUAUGGAACCUCCAAGUAUCUAGCACCGAGUAUGGGGCUGUUACUUGUGCCAGGCCAUACAUACUUCCGGUUGAAUCAUUGGAGGUGACGUGCUUAAAUUGGGAAGACGUGUGUACCAGGAUGGAAUAUGUGGACACACCGAACCCCCAUUCGCACAACUUGUGUGCGUGUAGUACAUUCAGGACAAAAUGAACAAGUGAUUGAA